GAAGAUGCUGGAUGUUGGGAAAUGGCCAUUAUUUGCUCUCCAUUCUCAAGAGAAAUUGAAGUUAAUUCGUCAGGUUUGCGUAUUUGGCAUUGCUGGCAAUGAAGUUCUUUAUGCAACUGAAAAUGAUGAGAAGGAGAAGUAUAUGCUUGGGGUCACAAUGCUUACAGUCAACUGGGAAAUGGAACAACCAGUCAUAGCUACAUUCCUUGCCAAAUCUCCACCAACUUGGUAAACAAAAAAGUAAUUGAAGUUGCCUGUGGCUCACAUCAUUCAAUGGUAUUGACUGCUGAUGGUGCGGUGAGAAAAAUUAUUGUAAUUCUGUGCAAGUUGCUUUUGAAUUUUCUAUCAAUUUUAUUAUUUUUAAAUAAUUUUUAUUAAAGAAUAAAGUUAAAAGAUGUGAAAAAUGAAGAAAAAUCCAAGAGAAGAAAAAUGUGUUGAAAACAAUAGAAAGUGAAGAUGCUUAAAGAAGCUACUUUCAAUCUUUACACCAAUUAGAUUUACUUGAUACCAUUUCCCCUUUCAAAAUAACAUAGUGUAAUUUCUUUUCCCAUAUAUAAUAGCCCUUUUUAAAUAGGUAAAUCCAGAAAUCACCAAUUCAUGUUUUUCCAUUUUCAGGGGAAAAAAAAGGGAGUUUUAUAUAAAAAUUUUAAAGCAGCAAGAAUUUGAUAUUAAAACUUAAAGGUAAAGCUUUCCCCUGUCCAGUCAUGACCUACUCAAGGGGGCAAUACUCAUCUCUGUUUCUUAGCUGAGAGAGCCAGCGUUGUCUAAAGAUGCUUCUGUGGUCAGAUGGCCAGCAUGAACUUUAUGCCAAAGCGCAUGGAACACACUUACCUUUCUACUGAAGUGGUACCUAUUUAUCUAUUCGCAUUUGCAUGCUUUCGAACUGCUAGGUGGGCAGGACCUCGAGCAAAUAAUAAGAGCUCAGUACUUGGGUCUCAAAUCCAGACUGUCAGCUUUCUUAGCCAUUUUACCCCCACAGUGUUAAAACUAAUGACUUCUAAUUCCUUAAUGCUGUCAUUUUUGUGGUCCUUAAUUACCUAAGCAUUGAUUUUUAUUCUUUCUGAUAAUAAUCAUCAUUGCAACCAAUUUUUGUGCUCUGUCCCAUCUUUGAAUAAAUUUAGAUGUCAAAAGUCUAUUUAAAAUACUCUUUCCCAGGCUGAUGGGCUGUUACUAAAUAUGAACAAGGUACUGUAUAACCCUGUUGGAGAAAGUACUUCAUAUUUUAGCUGUAACCAGGAAGGCAGUUUUUUAACAUACUGUGCUGUACUAUCUUUACAAUAUUUAGGAAGGUACUGUACAAACUUAAAUAAAUAUAAAACAUUGUACUGUAUAUAUUCCAAUUCAAUUGCUUCCAUAUCAUAAUUCUACAAAUGCAUUGAUUUUCUAUUGAAAGUAAAAUUGUAACCACACUUCAGGAGACUUACGGUAUGCUAUUUUUCAAAUCUCCAUUCUCAGAGUUAUACCAAAUUAUUGGAACAAGGAUCAUCAUUCUACUUCAUAGAAUUGGCACUUACCCUUCUGUUAUUUUGCAGCUGGUACAUUUCAACUCCAUUUUAGAUAGACUUUUUAUAGGUCUUUAUAGUACCGGCAUGUGAACUGAAAAAGAAAUGCAUCUGCAUGCAGUUUUGAGAAGAGACACCUUUGAUUUAAAGAGUUGCAAGACUGCUGCAGAUUCUGAAGCAUCUUGUUGACUUCAAAUGUGAAACAUGAAUAAUUAAGCAGCAUUAAUUUUAUGCAAUUGAAUUUUUUUAUAGUAGGUAAAAAUAUUUGAAUUUUUGUGACUGAAGCAUUAGUUGCAAAUACUUUUGUAUUAUUUUUAUUUCAAUAUUAUUUUUCUUCUUUAAGACAUGAUAAUUCAAUAACGUAGUUUUCUAGGGAAAAGGUGCUAGAAGUGUUGACAGAAAUCUGUCCACAAAAAAGACAUGUUUUAUUCCAUGCACAAGAUGCAAUAGAUCUGCAUGGAGUUGAAUCCAUAUCAGUUAUCUAAUUUUGCUUUCCAUUCUUUCUUUGUGCUAUUUUUAUGAAAACAAAUGUAUUUCUAGAAUGGUGUAUCAGUCUGUUACUAGUUUAUUUUUGCAGGUGUAUUCAUGGGGUUAUAAUAAUUCAGGACAAAUUGGAUCGGGUUCAACAGCCAAUCAGCCUAUUCCUCGAAGAAUUACCGGCUGCUUACAAAAUAAGAUAGCAAUUAACAUUGCUUGUGGUCAGAUGUGCUCAAUGGCUGUGAUAGAAAAUGGUGAGGUUUAUGUUUGGGGUUAUAAUGGUAAUGGUCAGCUUGGAUUAGGCAAUGGUGGCAAUCAGCCGACACCAUGCAGAAUAGCAGCUCUACAAGGCAUCCACGUGCAAAAGAUUGCCUGCGGCUAUGCACAUACACUAGUAUUAACAGAUGAAGGCCAUAUCUAUGCUUGGGGUGCCAAUUCUUAUGGCCAGCUGGGAACUGGUAAUAGGAGUAACCAGUCGUACCCUGUGCUGGUCACAAUACAUCAAGACAGAAUUGCAGAGAUUGCAGCAUGCCACUCUUCUCACACCUCUGCUGCUAAAACCCAGGGUGGCGAUGUGUAUAUGUGGGGUCAGUGCCGGGGACAGUCAGUUAUACUUCCGUUCCUCACCCACUUCUGCUGCACUGAUGAUGUCUUUGCUUGUUUUGCUACUCCUGCAGUGACUUGGCGUCUCCUUUCAGUAGAACCUGAUGAUCACUUAACAAUAGCUCAAUCAAUAAAAAAGGCAUUUGACAACCCAGAUAAUGCUGAUUUGAGGUUUCAAGUAGAUGGAAAAUACAUUUAUGUUCAUAAAGUGCUCCUCAAAAUUAGGUGUGAACAUUUUCAUUCAGUUCUGAACAAUGGUACUGAGGAAAUCAUAGAAAUAAGUGAAUUCUCAUAUCCUGUUUACCGAGCAUUUUUGGAGUAUCUUUAUACAGAUAGCAUCAGUCUCCCUCCGGAAGAUGCCAUAGGCCUGUUAGACUUGGCAAGCUUCUAUAGAGACAACCGACUAAAGAAGCUUUGCCAACAAACAAUUAAGCAGGGCAUUUCUGAAGAGAAUGCAAUUGCUCUUCUAUCAACUGCAGUCAAGUAUGAAGCAAAGGAGUUAGAGGAAUUUUGCUUCCGGUUUUGCAUCAAUCACCUGACUGUCGUUACUCAGUCUCCAGGUUUUGCAGAAAUGGACCAUGACCUCAUGAAGAACUUCAUAAGCAAAGCCAGUCGAGUUGGAGCAUUUAAAAACUGAAGUAAAACCCUUGCCUAAUAAUGAAGAAAGAUAGUUUCAUUAUCAUUACUUGUAUUUCUGAUGUCAUGAUAAUUUUCUCAUAAACCUAAUUUAAAAAGAGCAUUAUGCAUUCUGGCUCCCUACUGUGACAACUGAUCUUAAGUAAUUAAAUUUUGAUACAGAUACUAGAUACUUGAAAUAUCUUGAAAUAAUCUUCCAUGCUUCAGGAAAAGCCUGCCCACAGAUAACAUAUCUGCAGACAGUUGCUACAGUAUCUUGCAGGUUUCCCAAUAUGAAAGCAACAGUUUUUUUUACCAACAGCUGAAGUUGCUACCCUAUGAAUAGGAAUAUGAGCUUUGGAAAAUUAGAAGGGAAGGGGAAGCCCACAAAAGAUUAAACCUCUGGAACCCCACAGCAAUUAUGAAAGUAUUAGAGAUUUAAUAAAAUUAAAACUAUGCUAGGUAACUUUGUGUCAUCCGUUCCCUAAAGCCAACUUGUACAUCUAUAAUUUUUUUGUCCCAGACAAACCAAUCUUACAAAAGCGAAAGUGUCUAUCUAGUUUACUGAAAUGCUACUGGGUGAUAAUUACGACUGUUGCUUUUCUUGAAAAGUAGAAUGGUGAAAGAACAGUUUCAAUCUUCAGAUACUUGGGAUGUAUUAUUGAUAUAUGAAUAAAGAAGCAGAUGGCAAAAUCAUCAAUCAAUAUUUUUAAUAACAAUUUGGCCAGCAUUUGGUCAUUGUUAGAGGCUUUCCUAGUUUUUAACUGAUUUAGUUUAACAAUUUCCAAUCUGGGACUGAUGGCCAGGAGGAACACUUAUUUUUAGAAUACAGGUUGGAGCAACAGGCUGAUAGAGGAAAAGUCAUAUAUCUUGCUGUAAAAUUAUUCACCUCUCUUGGGCAGAAUCUUUUCUCCAGCCAGGCCAUCUCUCACAGUGCUAAUGUUAGUUAUCUUCUAAAAGACAAUGGCACUGAUAUCCUCUGCAGAGUGAAAAAAUAGCCCAAUUGGUGGGAUACAAAUAUUUACUUCUUUCUAUUAAGAGUUUUUUACAAUUUAAGAGCAAGUAACUAAUUCUAAUAGUGGAACAAUUGCUGGAUAUGUAACAUUGAAAGCUAUUGCUAAAUCUGCCUUGACUUAUAAACAGUACUGGUCAAACCUUCAGGGAUUCUGCUUGAGGUAGGAGGUUUUGCUCAUGAGAAACUGAAGAGUCGAUGGUGAAGACUGUAUACAGAGUGGCUACAGUGUCUAAGAAUUUAAGUUCUCAAACAGGAGCACGGGAAGCUCAAGGGGCAUGCCUGAGGCAAGAAAUAAAUGUCUUGCUCUUGUAUUUCCAAACAGUCUAAUCCUGAAACAGCUAAAUAUAUAUCAUUGUCCCUAGUUAAUUAAAGUUGUGUAUGAGAUAAAGUAAUAUUGGGUCACUUUUUCGCCAGAACCCAAACUUUCAAUGAAAUAACCUGAUUUUAAAAAUCAUAUUAAGACUAUAAGAAUGAGGAUGAUUCCACACAGUCCUGUUCUUUUAUGAUUUGAAAUUUUAAAUAAAAAUGUAAAUAUAUAUGUUUUUCUUCAUGACAUUUAUUGCAAAUAAAUUCAGGUAAGGAGGGAAAUAAUUGUUUGUCGGAGAAUUUGUUUACACUAAUGAAUAGAUUCACAAAACAAUGAGCAACCUAGAUGCUAAACUAAAAUCUGAAAUAUCAAAGGUUUUGAAUUUGAGUUUAAAUAGUAUAUUUCAUAAGGUAAUACAUUUAAACAUUAAAGUGCUUAUUUUCUUAUGCUUUAUUAUACUUAUUGGGAAAACACAGAUUCAUAGGAUGUAGAGAAUGUGGAUUGCAUUCCGUCAGCCAGUUUUCCAGGUUUAAGUUCACUGUAUGAAAUAUUUCUGAAAG